AUGUGCUUGCUAGAGUCCCAAAAAGUAUCUCAGCUGCCUUUAGGGGCAGAAAAGAGGGGACUACCCAAAAUGUGAUGGCCGCGGUAGACUUUGAUCUAAAGUUUACAUAUGUACUUGCGGGUUGGGAGGGGUCAGCUCAUGAUGCCCUUAUACUUGCAAAUGCAUUGGAGAGGGAAGAUGGGUUGAAAGUUCCUACAGAUGGAUGAUGAGGUGCUGGAGGUUCCAACUGUUGGUGCUCUGCCCAAGAAGGCCCCCAAGGUCAUGAAUUGGACUCCGCCUAUGUCGGCAAUGAUGUUGAAAGGUCUUUCAGAGGUGGCGGAAAGAGGUGCCAAGACUGACAAAGGAUUCAAAGAGGCAGCAAAACUGAAAGUUGCAAAGUCUAUAUCUGCUUUUGUUGGUUAUGAUGUGUCUAUUACUCAAGUGCACAAUCAUAUUCGCAAGUGGCGGAAUAGGUGGACAAGAAUUGUUUAUUUGAAGAGUUUAAGUGGGGCACUUUGGGAUGAUGACAAGAAGAUGGUACUUCUAGAAGAACAUCACUAUUUGGGCCACACUCAGGAUCAUCCAACAAAUGCUGAACUUCUCAAUUCCCCACUUGAGAACUACAGCUAUAUGGAAAAUUGCUUUUCUAAUAAACAAGCCACCGGGAAUUAUGCAAUGGCCACCGGUGUGCCACUGGGAACACCUAUCUUUGUGGAAGACAAAGAUAAACCCAAUGUCAUGGAGGGGCAUGGAACAACUGAUGAGGUAUUGCAACAUCUUCCUGGGUCUAACUCCGUACUUCCAACUGCUAGUGCCACUCAGGACCCUUCACCUACUUCAAAUAAGAAGAGAAAGAGGGCAUCAGGUUUGACUGAGGAGGACACAAUCCAGUGCAGCAACAUGACUGAUGCUAUGCGUGAGAUUGCAAGUGCUAUCAACAACACUUGCCAUGCUGAAACACACCCUGACUUGUACAAGGCUGUCAUGGACCUUACUGUGUUUGAUCAAAAUGAUCGCUUGGCUGUUCUAGAUUAUCUCACAGAACAUAAGGCAAAAGGACUCAACUUUGUGAAGAUGAAUGAUGAAGUCCGUCAAGCAUCGUUCAAACGUAUCUUGAAAGCCAAUCCUGAUCUUCUUUGAGUUCGUGUUAGUCGGUGCUUGUCGAGACUACUCCUUUUGUAAUAACUGUUAUAAAGUGUAUUGCGAAUGAGGUUAUGUAAUAUGAAUCUACUGAUGCAGUACUAGAAAUUAUGGUUAUUAUGUCUAAUGUAAUGUGAACCUAGUGAUGCACUGCUA